AUGGCGUUUACGAAAAUGUUAGGCAGAUUCUCUUCUCGGUUAAAGCCUCUAUCCCAAAACCUCUGCAACAAGAAUGCCAACGUUUCAUCACUCCCACCUCCCGUCAAGUCUGCAUCUCCGUCCUCAGCGACUAAUCGUCUCAAUCGAGCUUCAAGAUUACCAGUGGAGUUGAGUUCGAUGUUACCUCUACACAAUGCUAUAGCAUCGUCGAGGCUGGUAUCAAGUUUGUCCAUUGAAUCUAAAUGUUGGGGAUUAGUUCCUCAAGGUAUUUCAAUGCCUUUAUGA